AUGGUGCCUGUCGGCGUAUCGUUGUUUUUUCUUUGCUUGAUACAAGGUGCGUUGCCAAAAAUGUGCGGGGAGAAGACAGCGGAAAUUGCCUGUAAUUUUAUGAAGCUUGGACCCCUGUUUAUCAUUCCAUCGGUGACUUUCAGGGCAUGUUCUAAAUUUGCUUUGAAUCAUCUUAAACCUCAAUUGUCCAUGACUGACUGCUGUUGUGGUCGGUUGUAUUGUGGCACCUUUAGCUCAGUGCCUUUUGGCCCAGCGAGGUGUUCAUGGUGCCAUGCUGGGGGAUGGUUGUCGUGGCUGGGGCACAGCGCGUAG